UCGCGAGCAAGCCUGGAUUCGCUGGACAAGGGAAAAGGUGGUGCAGAGGAUUCUCCCCAAAUGGAUUUAAUGUUUCCGUAAACACAAACAAUGGGAUUGAAGCAAUGAACAACUCUUUGAAGAGCUUUUACCUGAAGAUUUUGGGUACUAAAACAGUAUCAUCUUUAGUUGAAAUGAUAAUUACUGAAUUCAUACCUGAGCAGCUCCUCUCAUACGCUAAACUUAAUUACACAUACAGCAGUGAACACAAGGUCUACAGUGCUGAUGUUCCUGAGUUCCUUUGGGACCGUCCAAGAAGCUUUGUGCAACAUUGCCUGAAAAGCAUAGAGGCAGCUGCUCAUUAUACCUCCCAAAAUCUUCAAGAACAGAGCAAGGGUGUAUACAAAGUCCAGAGUGAACAGUCAUGUGAUUGGUACUCUGUAGACCUCGGAGACAAAGACCGUUUUCCAUCAUGUGAAUGCAGAUCUUUUAAAUCAUCUUUUUUACCCUGCAAGCAUUUUUUUGCUAUUUUCCAACACACUGACAGCUCAUGGUAUUCCUUGUGCCCAGAUUACAUAAACAGUCCAUAUGUCACUCUUGACUCAGAGGUGGUAUCAGGUCAGAAACACUUGCUGGUGAAAGAAGUGAUUGACAAGAGCAAGACUGUACAUCCUGUGGCCAAAGACAGUCUUGACAUUCAAUGCUUGAACAUGGAUGUGGAGGCAAAUGGUGUUUCCACUGCACAGAGUGGUCUACGAGAGAAAUUAAAAAUUCUCCUGGAUCUGUCAUACCUAUGCACUGAUCUUGAAUUGUUGCGAAAUGCGACUGCAGUCAUUGGUGAACUUGCAGGAAAGAUGAAAUGCUCUUUUCCAAAGGAAGAUGCUCUACCACUUCUAAGCAAGAAAGAUGAUGUGAAGCCGAAACUUCGUGUACUCCCAACCCAGAAAAGAAAAAGAAUGUUGAGAAACAAAAGAAGAAAAAUUGAGAAAAGAAACAGUGGUGACACGGGUGACCAGUCUGGUUCUUUGAAAGAAAACUCGCUGACAGAUUGUGCUACAAUAGCUUUGCCAGGUGAUAAAUGCAUAUUUGGACACUUUGAAACUCGAAAACAACACCAAAACCAACGCUGGAUACCACUGUUUCAAUAUUUCUACCUACAUGCCUCUACUUUGGGAGUGUGACAGAUUUGACUCCUGGAUGUUUGAAAAGGUGGUGUUCUCUCAAAUGAAAUGGAUUUUUCUUCCAAUCCUUGUGAGAGGCAAUCACUGGGUACUUUUGGUAGCAGAUGUUCCAAAGAUGGAAGUAUCCAUAAUGGACUCGCUUUCAGGAAAUAAUGAUAUCUACAUAGAUAUGUGGAGGUAAGACCUAGAAUCCUCAUAAACUCUUAAGUAAUGUUACUGUACUUUUUUUGUGUAGUAUCGUACUGUAUAUAUUUCACUCUAAUAGAAUUCGAUUUUGCCUGUUUCUCAGCCAUCAUAUUGUUAUUUAGAUGUUAUCUAAAAGAGAUAGUUCACCCAAAAAUGAAAAUUCUGUCAUCAGUUACUUACCCUCAUGUCAUUCCAAACCCAUAAGACCUUCGUUCAUCUUCAUAACACAAAUUAAGAUAUUUUUGAUAAAAUCCGAGAGCUUUCUGAUACUCCAUAGACAACAAGGUCCUACGUCCUACCACGGUCAAGUCCCAGAGACGUAAUAAGGACAUAGUUUAAAUAGCUAUGAGAACACUUUUAUUGCGCAAAGAAAACAAAAAUAAUGAGUUUAUUCAAUGAUUUUUUUUUCUUCUGGGAGAGUCUGCCACCAUUAUCGAGAGUAACACAAUGCUUGGUGCGGUGCUGCUGACUAGAAAAGCCACCUGAGAAACUCUGCUCAAGUGCACAGAGGGCAAAAGCUGCUUUAAACGCAAAGGAUGGUCCCCAAAUGCAGAUUUAAUUAAGUUAAUAAAAUUAUUUUUGACAGCAUCCUCAUUAUACAGCAUUUUUACCCAAGGGCCUAAAACUUUGCACAGUACUGUAGCUUUGCAGGGAGGUUUCAUGAAGCAUCUUGGAGGCAUUGCCACAGUUCUUCUGGAUUGAGUCUGUCUCAGUUUGUUCUGUUUCUUCAUGUUAUUCCAGACAGACUGAUGAUGAUCAGAUCAGAUUUCUGUUUGGAGCACUGGCUGUUGUAAGCAAAAA